AUGGCACAACCAGAUAAGACAGAAACACCAAUCAUAUUUGCUCCAAAGACAUUUCAAUUUGAUAAGGAUGAGUUGGAUGAGUCCAAUUUGAAAGAAAAUCCAAUUCAGCUUUUUACACAAUGGUUUGAUGAGGCAAAAGAGUGUCCUACUGAAAAAUUACCUGAAGCAAUUACUUUCUCUUCCGCAGAAUUGCCCUCAGGUAAAGUAAGCUCUAGGGUAUUACUAUUUAAAGAACUUGAUCAAAGAGGUUUUACGAUUUACUCCAAUUGGGGAACUUCUGGAAAAGCUCACGAUAUUAAGACUAACCCAUAUGGAGCUAUUAAUUUCUUCUGGAGAGAUCUACAGAGACAGGUCCGUAUUGAAGGUACUGCCGAAUAUGUGAAUAGAGAAACAUCGGAACGUUAUUUUAAUACUAGACCAAGGGGUUCUAAGAUUGGGGCAUGGUCGUCUCCUCAAUCUCAAGUGAUUAAGAGUAGAGAUCAGCUUGAUAAGUUGAAUAAAGAAAAUACAGAGCGUUUUAAAGACAGCAAAGACGACGAAAUCCCAUGUCCGGAAUACUGGGGUGGUCUAAGAAUUGUUCCAUUGAUGAUUGAAUUUUGGCAAGGUAGACCAAGUCGUUUACACGAUAGAUUCCUAUAUACAAGAGAAUCUGAAAAUGAUCCUUGGAAGGUAGAGAGAAUCGCACCAUAA